AUGAUUUCCGCAAGAACUAUCAGAGCUGCUGCUAAGCAAGCCUUAGCUGUUAACGCUAAAGUCCUCCCAAGAGUUGCAAGACCAUUAGCUGCAAGAACUUAUGCUUCUGCUAAGGCAGCACCAACCGAAGUUUCUUCUAUCCUAGAAUCUAAGAUCAGAGGUGUCUCUGAAGAAGCAAACUUGGAUGAAACUGGUAGAGUUUUAUCUGUUGGUGAUGGUAUUGCUAGAGUCUUUGGUUUAAACAACUGUCAAGCAGAUGAAUUAGUUGAAUUUGCUUCCGGUGUCAAGGGUAUGGCAUUGAACUUGGAACCAGGUCAAGUUGGUAUUGUCUUAUUCGGUUCUGACAGAGAUGUCAAGGAAGGUGAAAUUGUCAAGAGAACUGGUAAGAUUGUUGAUGUUCCUGUUGGCCCAGCUAUGUUGGGUAGAGUUGUUGAUGCUUUAGGUAACCCAAUCGACGGUAAGGGUCCAAUUGAAUCCGUUGCAACCUCCAGAGCUCAAUUAAAGGCACCAGGUAUUUUGCCAAGAACCUCUGUUUUUGAACCAAUGCAAACUGGUUUAAAGGCUGUUGAUGCAUUAGUCCCAAUUGGUAGAGGUCAAAGAGAAUUGAUUAUUGGUGACAGACAAACCGGUAAGACCGCUGUUGCUUUAGAUACCAUCUUAAACCAAAAGAGAUGGAACGAUGGUGCAGAUGAAUCCAAGAAGUUAUACUGUGUCUAUGUCGCUGUUGGUCAAAAGAGAUCUACUGUUGCUCAAUUAGUUCAAACUUUAGAACAACAUGAUGCUAUGAAGUAUUCCAUCAUUGUUGCAGCAACUGCAUCUGAAGCAGCCCCAUUACAAUACUUGGCUCCUUUCACUGCUUGUGCAAUUUCUGAAUGGUUCAGAGACAAUGGUAAGCACGCUUUGAUUAUUUACGACGAUUUAUCCAAGCAAGCUGUUGCGUACAGACAAUUGUCCUUAUUAUUAAGAAGACCACCAGGAAGAGAAGCAUACCCAGGUGAUGUUUUCUACUUGCAUUCCAGAUUAUUAGAAAGAGCAGCAAAGAUGUCCAACGCUAACGGUGGUGGUUCUUUGACCGCUUUACCAGUUAUUGAAACUCAAGGUGGUGAUGUUUCUGCAUAUAUUCCAACUAACGUUAUUUCCAUUACUGAUGGUCAAAUUUUCUUGGAAUCCGAAUUAUUCUACAAGGGUAUUAGACCAGCUAUUAACGUCGGUUUAUCUGUUUCCAGAGUUGGUUCUGCUGCUCAAGUUAAGGCUAUGAAGCAAGUUGCAGGUUCCUUGAAGCUUUUCUUGGCUCAAUACAGAGAAGUUGCAGCUUUCGCUCAAUUUGGUUCUGAUUUAGAUGCAUCCACUAAGCAAACCUUAGUUAGAGGUGAAAGAUUAACCCAAUUAUUAAAGCAAAAGCAAUACUCUCCAUUGGCUGCAGAAGAACAAGUUCCAGUUAUUUACGCUGGUGUCAAUGGUUACUUAGACAAGCUUCCAUUAGAUAAGAUUGGUCAAUUUGAAACCGAAUUCUUAGCUUACUUAAAGGCUAACGAAACCGAAAUCUUAAACGCUAUUAAGACCGAAGGUCAAUUAUCUAAGGAAUUAUUAGCUAAGUUAAAGGCUGCUACUGAAUCUUUCGUUGCAACUUUCUAA